AUGACAGUAUUUUGUGAAGCAGUUUUCCUAUUACUACAGAAAGUAGGCAAAUUAGACAAAAAAUUGAUUUAUUGCGGAAUUCCUUUAAAUUUCUCCGAACUUCGAUAAAAGAUUUUUUGAUAUGCAAAGUUCGCUGCACCAAUUUUGAAAUUUUUCCCACCAAAAAUUUGCAUAAUUUUUGCACGAUUUUCCACUAUAAAAGCGACGAGUUUCCUGGAAUUCCCUGUCAUUUGGUACGUUCUCUUCCCACUCAGCGGUUGCUCCUUGGACCGGGAUGCACGAGGCCGCACUCUGAGCACUGCUAAACUCGCUCUUGACAGGCGACUGGAACGGAUCAUUCGCAUCGUAAGUUGGGGACUGCUAUUUUUGCGCUAUUUUCAUAAAGUGCGUAGACGUUCCGUUGCAACUAGGGGGAAAAAGACGGAAUGCACUGUGCGAGAGAAGGCGAAAAAGUCUACGCAUUUUAUGAAAAUAUUAUACUACAGGGUGGGCCACUCGAAACGGGUAAGUUUUUUCUUUGGAUUUCUCCGCGGAGACUCCGCCGAUUUUCCCGAAAUUUAGAUUUUUGUGUAGCUGAGACCCGCCAUUUUUAACCGGUUAAAUUUGAAAAAAAUAUAUUUUGAAUUGACCUUUCUAUGCCUUCCCAAAGUUUUAAAGAAUUAUUUUCGAGCCGAAACCGCUAAAACUUGGAAAAUUUUUGGAAUGAUUUUCAAUUGACUUUCUCGGACUUGGAAAAUUUUUGGCUUUUUUUGGGGGAAAUCGCGGAGUAAAAAGUUGCUAGUGCUCGCCUUAAACUUGUUUAAAGCAAGUUGAAAGCCGCAAGAGGGUUGUUUGUAUUACCAUUAGGGCACGAACAUUCAAAAAAAAAAGAUUUCAAAAAGAUUGCAAAAGUCCACACAAUUGGCAACGAGCCCCAGCUCCAAGUCAUUGAAGCUUGGAGCCCAGCCCGAUUAAAGAUAGACGAUGUUCACGAUCUGCAAUUUGAGCUGUUCACGACUCUCAUGACUCUCAAAGCUCCUACAAGUUUGUGCUGCGAGAGGAAAUGGGCAUUUCAGACUCAGAUAGAAAUAUUAAUAAUCAGGUCGUUAAAUAAAAUUGUUUUUACGACAAUAUUUUAUGGUUACCUGAGGUAAAACUUAGAAAAUUUCACCCAAAAACUCGAAAAAAUGACCAAGUUUUCGAAAUCAUUCCAAAAAUUUUCCAAGUUUUAGCGGUUUCGGCCCGAAAAUAAUUCUUCGAAACUUUGGGAAGGCAUAGAAAGGUCAAUUCAAAAUAUAUUUUUUUCAAAUUCAAUAGGUUAAAAAUGGCGGGUCUCAGCUACAGAAAAAUCUAAAUUUCGGGAAAAUCGGCGGAGUCUCCGCGGAGAAAUCCAAAGAAAAAACUUACCCGUUUCGAGUGGCCCACCCUGUAGGUGGGCCAACAGGCUUAGACAUGUCUACAAAACAUGAGACUUUGUGGCCCGCUCAGUGCGUUAUAAAUUUGUGUCUGAAGUUCCCUGAAAAGCACAGAAACUGACGAUUCCUUUUCAGCUUAUCAUCGUCGGCUUCGGGUAGAAGAGUUGGAAAAUUUUUGGAAAGCUCAGGGAUCCGGGAGAAGCCCUUAAGAAUUUUUCUCAAAGGGCAAAAAAGGCUGAAUUUUCAGCCCUUAAGAAUUUUUCUCAAAGGGCAAAAAAGGCUGAUUUUUAAUGCCUCUCCUUUUUUAGAAGCCAGAUCCACGUCAGCGAUACAAUCGAGGCCGCCAACCUUCAGAUGGUUGUGAGUGGAGAAACAAUUGAACUGUGUGGUAAAGCCACAAUGAAGAACCUUGAGGAAGUUCAACGUAAGCUGCAUCUUCGUUUCCGUCGAGCUUUGCUGACUUUUUAACUUUUGAUUUUUUUUGACAUUUUGAGGCGUUGCGACUGCCGACGAUGCUUUGGGGUACAUUUUAUAUGCUUGGGAGACGGUAGAGAGAGAAAAAAAGGGCCUGGUUUUUAGAAACAACAAGAUUGCUCGGGUCCUAGGGUUCUCGAAGUCGCUUUUUUCGUUUAUACCUUGCCCUUUUACAAACGCUAUGUUAUGUAUAUCUACGCUAUGUUCAGGGCGUCCUGCAGACCCUUCGGUCCACGCUUAGAAGUCGAUUGUAUGCUUGGUGGGAAUCGUGGAGCCACAGCGCUUGCGGUACGCGCAUAACGAACCGAAACCGGCCAACUUCACAAGGUGGGUCUGGUGGGAGAGUGGAAGCGGUUUGCACGUUUUGCACUCAUUUUAUCUUUGCGGGUUUUUCAUAAAGUGCGUAAACUUUUUUUUGCCGCCGCACGUUGCGUAUCGCACGUCAAUGCAAAAUAGAAAAAAAAUUUCCCGCCCCUUUUUGGUGAUUCGUUCAAAACGAAAUGUCACUAUCCGAUAAAAAGCAUUUUCUUAUCUUUCUUCUUCCUUUUCGAUAAAAAGCAAUUAUUUCGGGCGAGAAAGAGUGCCGAUAAUUUAGCGACAUUUUUCUCUCUUUUCAAUCAAUGAAAACGAUACGAAGUUUCGAAACGGUUCAGGAAAUGCGCUGUAUUGACGUGUGUCGCCCAUUUUGCAUGAAAUUUAUGUUUUGCCCUGAAAAGCAAAAAAAUUGACGAUUCCUUUUCAGCUUAUCAUCGUCGGCUUCGGGCAGAAAAGUUGGAAAUUAUUGGAAAGCUCAAGGAUCGGGCCUGGGACAAGCCUGCGGGCGAUAUGGCUGAGGUUUUGAAGACUAUGGACGAGGUGAGGAUUUAUUUAAAAAUUUUUUAUUAUUUUUUUUAUUUAUUUGUUAUUAUUACUAAAAAUUUAAUUUUUUUUUAUUUUUCAUUGCAUUUUUCAUUUUCAGCCUCUAACCGGGUUCGUCUUCAAAGACACGGAAGGAUAA